AUGGGUGUGGGGGUCGUCCCGCGUCUGCUGCAGAGACGAACUGCAGCAGCAUGGAGAGCAGCAGCUCUGGAGCGUUUGGCUCUUGGGGUGUAUACACAGCGCUGCUGCUGCUGCUCUGCUUCUUCCCCUGCCCUAAACAGCAGCUUCGGCCAAAGGACCCACAGUAACAGCAUCAUCAGCAGCAGCAGCAUCAGCAGCAGCAGCAGCAGCUGUAGCAGCAGCACGCAACUGCCGCAGCCAGAAUCCAUUUACAGCCGCAGAGGAGACAUCAAACUCAUUUGCAGGUUUGCGCACGAAAGAGACAUCGAUGCGCUGCUGCUGCAGCUGCUGGGACCCUCGCUGCAGCAACAGCAGCAGCAGCAACAUCAACAACAGCAGCAGCAGGAGAUCCGCCGUGAUGCUGCUAAUGUGAAGGAAAGCGAUGGGCAGCAGCAGCUGCUCUCGCUACAGGCGGCGUGUGCAUCAGCAGCAACAUACUCAGCAGCAGCAGCAGCAGAUUCAACAGCAACUGCAGCAAAUUCAGCAGCAGCUGCAGCGCCUGCUGCUGCUGCUGCUGCAGUAGCACCGAGCUCCAGGGCGGUCCACCUCAGCAGGGCUGUCUCUCGCGUGCUGCAGCUCAAGGGCUCUGCAGCAGCAGCAGCAGCAGCAGACGCAGCAUUCCUGCUUGGCUGCUACGGCCGCCCAUGCUGCAGAGACACUUGGCGGCUGCUGCAGCAGCAGGCUAUUCUGCUGCUGCAGCAGGGGCAAUUCAGCAGCGCAGCAAAAAUAUGCUACGGAUAUUUGAACUUGCUGUUCGUACACCGCAAACGCCCAGCUGCUCCACCUGCUGCUGCUGCACCUACAGCAGCAGCAGCAACAACAGCAGCAGCAGCAGCAGAAGCAGGCCCCACACCAUACUCAGCUGGGCCCUUGAACUGGGAAGGAGAUGAGGAGUCCGCAGCAGCAGCAGCAGCAGCAGCAGCAAAUGAUUCAGCCCCAGUCGUAUCCUCAGCAGCAGCAGCCGCAGCCAAUGGGGACGACGAGCAGCAGCAGGCAGCUGCUUUGCUGUUUCUGCAACUGCAGCAGCACGUGCGAUCCAAGGCAGCAGCAACUGCAGCAGCAGAGGAAGCAGCAGCAGCGGCAGCAGCAGCAGUUUCCCUCCCCCAUGCGACAUCAGCAGCACCACCAGCCCAGCCUUCCACAUCACCAGCAGCAGCAGCAGCAGCAGCAGAAGCAACACUAACCCCAGCUGAAACUGUAGCAGCAACAACAACCCCAGCAACAGCAGCAUCAACAAACCCAGCGGAAGCAGCAGCAGCCCCCGGAGCAGCAGCAGCAACCCCAGCAGCAGCAGCAACAGCAGCAGCAGCACCAAUUGCUGCUGCUGCAACCCCCCUGACGUGGGAGGAGGCGAUUUGGUAUUUGAAGCUGCUGAGCUGCUUCCGCUGCGUGCAGGAUCUGCUGCUGCUGCAGCAAAUAUGCAGGUGGCUCGCCCACACAAUGCAUGCACUGCAACAGCAACUGCAGCAGCAGCAGCAGCAGCAGCAGCCUCAGCAUGCUCUGUUGCUGCCCACAGCUUCCCAGAAGCUCCGGCCAAGCGUGGUGCUGCUGCGCCUGCCGCAGCAGCCGCAGCAGCAGCAGCAGCUGCAGGAGCUGCAGCAGGAGCAGCAGCAAAAGCUGUUGCAAGAUGUAGCAACAGUUAUUCGCUGUCUUUAUGAGUGCCUUCACGUGGAUAUACCGCUGCUGUCAGCAGCUUGUUUGCUGCUGCAGCAGGGAGCGCCGCUGCUGUCUGCUGCUGCUUGCUGCAGCACCUUACACUGCUUGUCGCUUCUGGGGCACAAUGACCCUGCUGCUGCUGCAGCAAUAACAGCACAUCUUGUAAGCAGCAAACAGCUUGCGGCUACGCCGCUGCAGCAAAUGUCGCAGCUGCUGCUGGCAAUGCAGCGGCUGCGCUUGAAGGACGACUUGCUGCUUGCUGCUUGCUGCAGCAGCUUGCUUCAGAGAGCCUCCCGGCUACAGCAGCAGCUGCUGCUGCUGCCACCGCAGCAGCAGCAGCAGCAAAGCCGACACUUUAUCGCUGUCUUCCACUGUCUGACUGUGGGCGGCGCCUGCAGCAGCUCGGCUCUGCGCCAGCUGCUGCCGCUGCUGCAGCAAGCAGCAGCAGCAGCAGCAGCAGAAUCUGCUGUGCUCGCGUGGCAUAGUGUUGUCUCUUUAGGGGCCUGGGUUGGCCCUUUGAGGGCCCUUGUGAAGCAGAGGGUCCUUGCACAUCUCCAGCAGCAGCAGCAGCAGCAGCAAAAGCAGCUGCAGCAGAAGCAGCAGCAGCUGCUGCAACUGCCCCCGUCUGCCCUGCUGGCAGCAACAACUCUCUGUUAUCACCACCUUGGCUUCUACGACGCACCGCUGCUGCUGCAAAUUGCUGCUGCUGCAGCCCGUGAGCUGCAGCAGCAGCAGCAACAGCAGCAGCAGCAGCAAUCGAAGCAUGCGGCUAUCGCUGCGUCAUUCCUUUGGCGAGCCCUCUACGGCAUUCACCACCUCGCAGCAACACCUCGAGACUUCCAGCAGCAGCAGCAGAAGCAGCAGCAAGAACGUGCAGCAGCAGCUAAUGUGACACCGGGGGGGCAAAAGCAGCAGCAGCAGCAGCAGCAACAGCAGCACGCUGCAGCAAGGGGGGGAGAAGAUGAAGAGCAGCCGCAGCAGCAGCAACAAGCUACUCCUACGCCUAUCACCCCCCGCAGCAGCACCGAAGGCAGCAGUAACGACAGUUCCAGCGGCAGCAGCAGCAGCAGCAGCAGCAGCAGGGAAAUGUCUGCUUUUGUGUUUUAUAGAAACCACUCGUGCCCUCAGGUGCAGCACUCCCCAUGGGUGACGGCCCCGCUGUCUCUGUUGCAGCAUUUGCUGCAGCCACUUCAGCAGCAGCAACAGCAGCAACAGCAACAGCAGCAGCAAGAGAGUUUGCUGCAGCUGCUGCCGCUGAAGCACUUGGCGCGCAAGAGCAGCAGCUUACACGAGGAAGUUUUUGUCUCCUUGCCGGAAGCAGUCAGAUCUGCUGCUGCAGCAGAAGUAGAAGUUGGGCCCUUUGUUGUGGAUACGCUCAUACAGCAGCAGCCCCUGCUGCUGUGGCAGCAGCAGCAGCAGCAGCAGCAGAAGCAGAAGAAGCAGCAGCACAAGAAGCGGCAGCAUGUGCAGCAAGAAAGCGCGCAAAUAGGAGACAUCGAAAACAAAAAGAAACCAACAAAACAAAAGCACGACUUUCCCGACCUGCAGCAGCCUGCUGCUGCUGCUGUUGCUGCUGCUGCUGCUGCUGCUGGGGCUAAAGAGAGCAACGCUGGAGCAGCCGAUGCUGCUGCCGCAGGAUUUGCUGCAGGCCUCCGAAAUGAAGACACACGGAAAGGUGCAAGAAGAGCCAAGCCGAGCAGCAGCCGCGAUGGCAGCAGCAAGAGCAGCAGCAGCAAGAGCAGCAGCAGCAAGAGCAGCAGCAGCAGCAGAGAAGACACUAGACUAGAGCGUUGA